AUGGGAAAGGAGAUCGAUGUGUGGGGAGAAAAGACACGCGCAGGGAGGAUGGAGGUGAGGGCGUAUCACCUUCUGCGUUCACUACAAGGCACCGUCGUUCCACAGUUCUUCGGGACGGUCAAGUUACCUAUCAGUGCUCCUCCUGUAUUGCAUGCUGUCACCGACUUUGUUCAGGGUUUGCUCCUCGAAUAUCUCGAUGCCACAAGUAUUGAGGACAUCGAGCAGCUCGACCGGGCGUUAACUUACCUCUGUCUCAUCCUUCCAAUGGCAAGUCCUCCGACCUUUUCAGCCGGUAAUGUAUACCCUCCGUUACUGUACCUUGGAAGCAAGAGUACGUCGAUGUUCGGUUCUGUGAAAUACUUCAAUUACGUCCUCGCGUAUAUCCUGAAAGGACGAUGGGCGGAAGCUGUAGUACCCGUUCUCGAAUUUCAACAUAUUCUUCCCCGCCAUGUUCGGUGUCCGCUAUCUGGGGAUCUUAUUUCUGCGAGUCUACCUCAGACAAACUGA